GAACAUCCACUCUGAUCAUAGUAGACACCGAACAUGAGGAACGAAUCCUUCAAAAUCGAUUUCAUUGCUAGCGUCAUUCAAAAUCUGAACUCGACCCUAGAAUCAACCUUACCAGCCUAUGCUACUGACUAUCACUCCAAAGUCCAGCCCAUUUUGCAACAGCAAUCAAACUUGCCCCUAAAGCUAAAUCAACUGCAAGCCGUUACAAUGCUUCCACCAAGCAUCAACACAAAAAUUCAAGCCCUCAACAAAAUCCAGCAUGAGCUGCUCAGCAAAGAGGCCGAGUUCCACAAGCAUGUCCAUUCGAUGGAAAUGGAGUUCCAGAAAACGUUGGGAGCACUGUACGAAAAGCGCAAGCAAAUCGUUUCCGGAUCCUACGAACCCAUCAGGAAGGAUCUUCUCAAUCCGGAAGAGUAUGAAACCAGCCCAAGCGAGGGUCAACCCAAAGGUAUUCCAGAUUUUUGGCUCACAGUUUUCAAAAAGGCACCGCUACUCCAGUGCAUGAUCUGGGAAGCGGACGAACCUGCUCUGAAGCAUCUAGUGGACAUCCGGGCGGUCAUGUUCGAUCAACCAAAACAGGGCUUCGUUCUCCACUUCCAGUUCGAGCCGAAUGACUUCUUCAGCAAUGAAGUGCUCACCAAACAGUACUUGAUGGAAUGCGUACCCAAUGACGAAGAGCUGGCCAAGUUCAACGGGUUUGAGAUCUACGAUACUGUUGGGUGCAUAAUCGAUUGGAAAGAAGGUUCUAAAUUGAUAGUUGAGGACGAGUCGGGAGGAAAGCGAAAGUUAAGUUCAUUUUUCAACUUCUUUCAACCGAAGAAAAUGUUAGAGGAUUGCGAUCCGUUUAUUAGGAAACAGUUCUUGGAGACCGACUUCGAGAUAGGAUAUUUCAUCAAAGAGCGAUUGGUCCCCCGGGCGGUUAUGUUCUACAACGGGGACAUCUCGGAAGACGAUGAAGUGGAGACGUCCGACGAAGAGCUGUCCGUUCAGGAGGAAACCAAUCCGCAAUGAGCUUCGGACACGUGCAGUUUGAGAUGGUAAAUAAAAUGGUCUAUUACAGCAA